AUGAGGAGGGAGUGGGCGUUGGAAGUGCACAAGCUGUGGAAGAAUUUGAGCAGGAGGGUGGAUGAAGGAGUUUUCGAGCAUCCGGAGUUGCAUACUCUGCUUCCCCUGUCUAAGCCUGUUGUGGUUCCUGGGUCAAGGUUUAGAGAGGUUUAUUACUGGGAUUCUUAUUGGGUAAUAAGGGGCUUGUUAGUAAGUAAAAUGUACGAUACUGCCAAGGGGAUAGUGAGUAAUCUCAUUUCGCUGGUAGAUGAAUUUGGAUUUGUUCUUAACGGCGCAAGGAAAUACUACACUAAUAGGAGCCAACCUCCACUCUUGAGUGCAAUGGUAUACGAGAUUUACAGCAGGACCAGCGAUAUGGGCUUCGCCAAAACGUCUCUCCCCGCCUUGUUGAAAGAACACCAGUUUUGGAAUUCAGGAUUUCAUAGCGUGACAAUUCUUGAUGCUGAAGGAUGCAAUCGCACUUUAAGCCGGUACUAUGCAAUGUGGAAUAAACCCAGGCCAGAAUCUUCAACUAUUGACAUGGAAACUGCUUCCGUGCUAUCAAAUGCUUCUGAAAAACAGCAUCUUUACCGGGAAUUGGCUUCAGGUGCAGAAACUGGAUGGGAUUUCAGCUCAAGAUGGAUGAGGAAUGCUUCCGAUCUCACAACAUUGGCUACAACCUCAAUCAUCCCUGUGGAUUUAAAUGCAUACAUACUCCAGAUGGAACUUAACAUAGCUUUCUUGGCAAAUGUUACUGGAGAUAAGAUUACUGCUGCACAUUUUCUUGAAGCGGCCGAAGCAAGAAAACAGGCAAUGAACUCUGUCUUUUGGAACGAAGAGAUGGGACAAUGGUUAGAUUACUGGAUCAGCGAUAAAACUACGUGCAAGGACAAUUACAACUGGGUGGCCUCAAACCAGAAUCGGAACAUAUUUGCCUUAAACUUCAUUCCUCUUUCGAUUGAGUCAGUCAACUCAGAUCUCGAAUUGGUGGAGAAAGUUAGACAAAGUCUUCAAAGGUCAGGGCUGAUCCGUGCUGCUGGGAUUGCAACUUCUUUAACGAACUCUGGACAACAAUGGGACUUUCCAAACGGUUGGGCCCCACUUCAGCAUCUCAUUGUUGAAGGUUUGGUAAGUUCUGGAUCAGAGGAAGCAAAGUCCAUGGCAGAAGACAUUGCUGUGAAGUGGAUCAGAACCAACUAUGUCGCUUACAAGAAAACGAAUGCUAUGAUAGAAAAAUACGAUGUCGAAAAGUGUGGAGAAUUGGGAGGAGGUGGCGAGUACGUUGCACAGAUGGGAUUCGGGUGGUCAAACGGAGUUGUUUUGGCAUUCUUGGAGGAAUUCGGAUGGCCUAAAGACCUGAAGAUAGAUUGCUAGUGAGCAAAGAAAUUCUUAGAUUUUCUUUAUAUUGCUAUUGAGCAAGGAAAUGAAUUGAAGAAUUUUCUUUUAACAUCUUGAGAAAGCCAUCAAUUCCUUACCA